AUGCUGCCCUGCUUUCAAACUCUCGUCUUCCCAUUAUUCCUCCUCCCCUCCCACCACCGCUUCCUCACCGACGAUGUCCUCCGCCGCCUCAACUCCCUCAAAUCCUUCCUCUACCGCCGCGACCUCCCCUUUGGCUCCCUCUUUGUCCGCCUCAUACGCCCCCACGAGACCCGUUCGACCGUUCUCCUCCUCGCCCACUCCUUCGUCGAGUCCUUGCUCAUUCCCGUCGCUUACGUCAACCUCCUCGCUUUCCUCAUCAACCAGUACCUCCUCCAACUCUUGACGCUCCUGCCCAACACCGCCACGCUCGUCACCUUCUACACUCAAACACCAUCGCCAUCUACUGCUACUGCUGCUAAAGAAGAUGGGGAAGAACCACUACAAGAAGACGUUGGAGCGCCCUUGGCUGGAACUGUCGAGAUCUGUGUCAACAGAAGAGGCACCCCGGAACCGAAUCCAAGAAACGAAUGCCUAGAACUCAAUACAAUAAACCAGAAUCGAAUAAAUCAAAAGCUUUUGUCUCCCACUGUAGUGUAA